AUGGGUUCGGGUUCAACCACCGUCAGGCUCAUGGCCUUCGCCUCCGCUCUCGUGCUGCUGACGCACUGCACUCACGCGGCAGCGGCACCAAGCUUUCAGCAGAAACAGGCUGCGGCCAAGACGUGGUGCGUGGCCAAGCCAUCGACGGGCGAGGCGGCGCUGAGGGCCAACCUGGAGUUCGCCUGCUCCGAGAGCGACUGUAGCGCGAUCCAGGGCACGGGGGGCUGCUCCGCGCAGAACGGCGGCGUGCUGCUGUCGCGGGCCUCGGUGGCCAUGAACGCCUACUACCAGGCCAGGGGGAGGAACACCUGGAACUGCUUCUUCAACGCCACCGGCAUCAUCAGCAUCACCGACCCCAGUCUAGGCACUUGCAAGUAUGCCUGA